AAAAAAUAAAAAAUAAAAAAUAAAAAAUUUGCAGGUGAUUGGUUGACAGGCUGGAAGUCCGGGCAGACGACCGGUAACACGCUAAGUCGAACAGACUAUUUUCUAAUGCAACCUCCUCGUCCAGAUUGACAAUACCUCGCCAAGGCCUAUCGUAGUUCGAAAGGGACUAUGAAUCCAGAGCUCCAAAACAAAAACAAACAUGAGGCAUCUUCACUGUUCAUCAUUCAUAGUCCGGAGUGGACUGUGAUGGAGGAAAACAAGCGGGGCCUGUAUAGGACUGGGAGUCUUCUAGUUGGUGUUCUGGCAAAUGAUGCACAACUCAGUACAAUGGUUGCAGAACAGGUUGAACAGGCACAAGCAGGGCUUGAAUCACUUUCCUCAUCUGAGAAGUCAAUAAACCAUCUUCGUGAGAACUUUGUUUCUAUUGAAAAUCUGUGUCAAGAAUGCCAAACAUUAAUUGAAAAUCAUGAUCAGAUAAAGCUCCUCAGCAAUGCAAGGAAUAACUUGAACACAACUUUGAAGGAUGUGGAGGGGAUGAUGUCCAUUUCUGUCGAAGCUGCUGAGGCACGGGAUUCUUUGAGUGAUGAUAAGGAACUCAUUAACACUUACGAGAGGUUAACGGCUCUUGAUGGAAAACGGAGGUUUGCAUUAGCGGCUGCAGCAUCUCACAAAGAAGAGGUUGGCAGAUUGAGAGAAUAUUUCGAAGAUGUAGAUCGUACUUGGGAGACAUUUGAGGGGACAAUUUGGGGUCAUAUUUCCAACUUCUUCAAACUUGCCAAAGAAAGCCCACAAACUUUGGUUCGUUCUUUGAGGGUAGUUGAAAUGCAGGAAAUCAUUGAUCAACAACUUGAAGAGGAAGCAGCUGAGGCUGAGGGAGCUGGAGCCAUGGCAACAAUUUCAAAUCCUCGCAGAACUGACAGAAAAUCAACCACGACAGCAUCUUCUAGAAACCUUACACAGCAGAAAGUGAAGGUCCAAGGAAAAGGGUACAGGGAUAAAUGCUAUGAGCAAAUAAGGAAGACUGUUGAAUACCGUUUUAACAAACUGCUGUCGGAGCUUGUAUUUGAGGACCUGAAAGCAGCUUUAGAGGAAGCUCGAAUGAUUGGAGAAGAGCUUGGAGAUAUAUAUGACUACGUGGCUCCUUGUUUUCCUCCAAGAUAUGAAAUAUUCCAGUUUCUGGUAAACCUUUAUACUGAGAGAUUCACUCAGUGGCUGAGACUGCUUAGUGAACGCGCAAAUGAUCUAACUAAUUUAGAAAUUUUAAAGGUGACUGGUUGGGUGGUUGAAUAUCAAGAAAAUCUGAUUGGACUUGGUGUUGAUGAGUCAUUAGCUCAAGUUUGUUCUGAGAGUGGUGCAAUGGAUCCCCUCAUGAACGCAUAUGUUGAAAGAAUGCAGGCUACAACAAGGAAAUGGUACUUGAAUAUCCUUGAGGCCGAUAAGGUACAGCCACCAAAGAAAACAGAAGAUGGAAAGCUAUAUACACCUUCUGCUGUUGAUCUGUUUAGGAUCCUUGGUGAGCAAGUACAAAUUGUUCGGGAAAAUAGCACUGAUGUCAUGUUAUACCGAAUUGCUUUGGCCACUAUUCAGGUAAUGAUUGAUUUUCAAGCAGCUGAAAGGAAGAGACUUGAAGAACCUGCCUCUGAAAUUGGUCUAGAACCUUUAUGUGCAAUGAUUAACAACAAUCUGCGUUGCUAUGAUCUUGCCAUGGAGUUGAGUAACAGCACUCUUGAAGCUCUUCCACAGAGCUAUGCUGAGCAGAUUAAUUUUGAAGACACUUGCAAAGGUUUCCUGGAGGUUGCAAAGGAAGCUGUGCAUCAAACUGUUAGUGUUAUCUUUGAAGAUCCAGGAGUGCAGGAAUUACUCGUCAAGCUCUAUCAAAAAGAAUGGUGUGAUGGCCAGGUUACAGAGUACCUAGUUGCAACAUUUGGUGAUUAUUUUACAGAUGUAAAGAUGUACAUUGAAGAAAGAUCAUUUAGGAGAUUUGUUGAAGCUUGUUUGGAAGAAACUGUAAUUGUUUAUGUUGACCAUCUACUCACCCAGAAAAAUUACAUCAAGGAAGAAACUAUUGAACGAAUGAGACUGGAUGAAGAAGUCAUAAUGGAUUUUUUCAGGGAAUAUAUAAGUGUUUCUAAAGUCGAAAGCAGAGUGAGGAUUCUAAGUGACUUGAGAGAGCUUGCUUCAGCUGAGAGCUUGGAUACUUUCACACUCAUUUACACAAAUAUCAUUGAACAUCACCCUGACUGCCCGCCUGAGGUUGUUGAAAAACUUGUGGCACUGCGAGAAGGCAUACCACGGAAGGAUGCAAAGGAGGUUGUACAAGAGUGUAAAGAGAUUUAUGAGCAUUCACUUGUUGAUGGAAACCCCCCAAAAGCUGGAUUUGUUUUUCCAAGGGUGAAGUGCCUAUCUCAUUCCAAAGGAUCUCUAUGGCGAAAAUUGACCUAGUUCUUUCUUCAAAAAUCACCUAUGCCUGGAUAUUACUAGGCACCAUAGGCUCUCUACUGUACACAAUUGUGGUGCCCCUUUUUUUUUUUUUUUUUUUUGGCUUCUGUUUCCUCAUCGCCUGUCAUUUUUCUUUUAUUAUUGUUAUUAUUAUUAUUAUUAUUAUUUUAACACUCGUGAAGUGUAGUUUUACUUUUGCAAUGUAUUGUAAUCAAUUUAUGGGUUUUAUUUUUUAUUU